AUGGCCUCUCCCAACCCGUCGCGGCCCGUGUCGCCAACGCCAUCGCAGCUCCCACCAGUCCCAGCCUCUCCGGUCUACUCGAUGGCCUCAACCGCCAAUCCCCUGUCUCAGUACAGCCUCCCGCUACCGCCGCCCCCACGACCUCCCCAUGCCGUACUCACCAAAGCCGACCUCGAGCGCUCCCAGGAAGCCUACUCCGACCUCGUCACCUCUGCCAAGGCCUACCGGCUCGCCCUCGCCUCCCUAUCCACGGCGGCAUCCACCUUUGGCUGCGCACUGGAGGCAUGCGCCCGCCUCAAGGAGUCCCGCGCCGAGCCGGUCGCCCCGAUGGGCCCCAGCAACAUGUCGGCCAGCUUCACGACUAAGGGCGCCUGCACGGCCGACACGCUCAUGUCCGCCUCCGGGGUGCAGCACCUGAUCGCCAACCACCAGCAGAUCCUGUCCGAGACGGUGUACCGGUCGUUCGAGGUGCCGCUGCUGCACGAGCUGGACAAGUGGCAGACGCUCAUCGACGACGAGGAGGAGGCGUACCAGCAGCGCAUGAAGACGCAGAGCAGGGAGAUUAAGCGUCUCGAGAAGGAGGGCAUGAAGCUGCACAGGCAGCGCAAGAGGGACGUGGGCCGGUUCCGGGCGCACCUCGUCGAGCUCACCAAUAAGCUGGACGGGCUCACGACGCUCCACGCGGACCACUCGCGGACGCUGCUGAGGGAGAGCCAGGACACCAGCGGCCGGAUCGUCGACGCCAGCUGCAGCCUCGUGAGGGCCGAGGUGGACAUAUUCGAGAGCCUGGCGAGAAAGGGGUGGACCGGGGGCGGCCUGGAGGAUCUCCUCGAGAAGGGGCAGGACCUGUUUGCGACGGAGGACCACCACGCCGGGGUGGUCGGGGAGACGACCAAGCUCUUCUCCAUCCUGCCGCCUAAGAGCAUCCUCGCGGACUCUGCAUCAGAUGCCUCCAGGCCGGGCCACGCAAGGAGCGACAGCCUGGGUAUGGACUCUGGCCAGUACCAAUCUCUUGCCGCCGUCGCGGAGGCUCGUGGCGGCGGCGACGCCGACAGUAUUAUGUCUGCAGAGUUCACCAAGCCUCGCAAUGCCAGGCCGUUCUCGCCACAGCCUAUUCGGCGGAGGGCGACGGAUGUGAAGGUUGACAGCCUGGGGGCCUUUUCUGGGGAGUCUUCAUCUGUUAAUGGAGACGAAGAUGUCCUUCGGGCAGAUCAUAAGGUGCCUGCGAUCGAUCAAGACAUCAAGGAAGAGGAAAAUGAAGAGGAGGAGGAAGAGGGCCAAGAGGCCAUUUGGGAUGAGAGACAGGAGCUCCUGAGCAAUUCCGGAAGACAAACACCGGAGCAAUUCCGAGGACGAAAAUCACCAGAGUUCAUCACAGAUGAAAGUUCGCCAGAUCCAUAA